CGAAUAAUCUUUUAAGCGAAUUUUAGUAGCGAUAAAGUUAACAAAUUUUUGUUUUUUUUUUUUCUUGUAAGCAAUUGAUGAAUCUAUGAACAAGUUUCGUAGACCUACACUACUUGAGAAAGUGAAUAAUGCUUGCUUUUUUACUCGAAAGUGGAACCACUUUAGUCUUAAUCAGCUUUUAAAGUUGGAAAGAAUCAAAAAACCAAACAAUAGAACCCAUGUUCCACUGUCUCUCUCCUUUCUUGCGGACUUUAUUAUGGGUAAGUCGUCGGCAAGACUCCGCCGGAGCCAAACCUCUACGUCGGAGAACAAAACGACCGACGGUGAGUUGUCGGGUAAAGAUGGCUCUAAUGUUCCUCAUAGCUCCGACUCAGAGACUGAGUCAAACUCGAGCUUAGAUUCCGGGACCGAGUCGAACAUAAGCUCUGACUCGACAACUUACACAGGACUGUCGGCGAUCGUAAGGGUCUUGUCUGACUCUCUGCUUCGAACGGAAUUGGCGGAGAUGGAGAUGAUCAAGGCUCGUGAAGCAGCUAGGUUGGAAGCUGAGAAGAGGAGGUUGGAAAUGGAAGUAGAGUUGACUCGGAUGGUGCUUGAGACUCAUUUGCAAGCGACGGCGUCGUUACUCGUCGGAGAACAGAAUAUUUCUCCGGAGGGGAGGAAGAGAAAGAGAUCAGAAGAAGCUGAAGAACACGGUGAGUCCUCCUCUUCCACCUCAAGGGAAAAGAAAUUAGCUUUGUUGGGAUAACUUCAACUUAACCUGACUUUUUGGAACUCUUUGACCUGAAAAAAUUACAAAAACGUCAAAGUCAAAAGGUCAAACUGUCUUAUGUUUUGUUUACUCUUUAUGUGUUUCGAGGGAGGAUACUUCUUUACUCUUUUGUUCAACCUCUAAUGAAUAAUUUUACUAAUACAAAGUCUAAUAGAAGGUGUGUUGUUUAGUA